AUGCCUUCUUUUCGCAUUGCCUCCCUGGCAAGCUCAGGCCUCGCAAGAAGCUUCACAACGACGGCCCGACGCCUCGAAAUUCGCGAUGUUUCGGAGCUUCCAAACCGAAUAGUUCCCAACUACAAGAACAGCCCGACUUCGUCCCUGCUCUCGCUCGAGUGGCCGUCGCCGCCGCGAAACGUCCUGAUCGUACCGAAGCUCUAUGCGCCGCUGGUCAUCUCGUCGGCCGUCGAGUUUGCGAAGCACAUCCACAGCGAGUACCCGAACCUGCAUUUGAUUUUCGAGCAGCGCAUCGCGUCGACAAUCCACGAUUCUCUUCCCUUCCCCAUCUACAGCUCCGACCCGACACAUUUCCCGACUAAGAUAGAUCUAGUCGCAACGCUGGGUGGGGAUGGAACCAUACUGCGGGCCGCCAGUCUCUUCAGCCUCCACGCGUCGGUGCCGCCUAUCCUGAGUUUCAGUAUGGGCACUCUGGGCUUCCUGGGCGAGUGGAAGUUUGAGGAAUACAAGCGCGCGUGGCGGGAGGUCUACAUGAGCGGGAGCCGAGUCGGUGUGAGCGACCUGCAAGGCCCACAUACACAAGCUGCGACCAACGGCUGGAAUGACGGCGGCAAUGACGCUGUAGGAACCAGGGAGGGCUGGGCGACUAUUCGCGGAAAAAACAUGGGUACCACGCGAGCGAGCAAGAUCCUGCUUCGGCACCGGCUGAAGGUGGGCGUCUACGAUGAGAAUGGCGCAAACAUCAAUGCGCAUUUGAUGCCAACGUCGACUGCGGCUUUGACCCAACCACUGCAUCCCGUACCACCCGAAAUCAAAGAGCUUUCCAACACCGGCGAGCCUGUGGUUCCAGACUUGCAUGCGAUCAACGAGCUUGUCAUCCAUCGUGGUCCCAACCCGCAUCUGGCCAUUGUGGAUGUCUACGUCGGAAACAGAUUCUUGACUGAAGCAGUUGCUGAUGGAAUCUUGAUCUCUACGCCUACGGGAAGCACCGCUUAUUCGCUCAGUGCUGGCGGGACUAUCAUCCACCCCCUCACGAAGACGAUGCUGCUUACCCCUAUCUGCGCACGAACCCUGUCAUUCCGGCACUUGUGUCUGCCGCUCAAUAAGAAAGUUGUUCUCAAGGUCAGCAAGAAGAACCGCGGCCGCGAGCUGGAGGUAAGCAUUGACGGAAAGCGGCGAGCAGGUGUCACGAUUGGCAUGGAGAUUCGUGUCACGGGCGAAGUCGUUGGCCAGGUUGGAGACGACGACACUUGGACGGGCGGCGUGCCUUGUGUUAUCAGAUCCAGCGGCCAAGGAGAUGAGGGCGACGACGACGACGGAUGGGUCGGUGGACUGAAUGAGAGGUUGAAGUUCAAUUAUCCAGUUGGUUGA